UUUAAGACGGGUAUGAUAACAUCGGCUGGACUGGGGGCAGGUUGUGGGAGCCGACGUUUGCAUAAAGCUAGCAGCGUGCCAGGCCCGAGGACGCCUGCUGGGGAUCAGGGGUUCUGGGCGGGGCUGCCCCCUCCCGGUGUUCCCCGCAGCCCAGCAGAUGGUGGCCUUUGUUCCAGGGCUCAGCUUCCCCGCGCUGGCAGCCUCCCUUUCGGACCCAGGCUUUUCACGGGGAGAAAUCAGAUGGCUCAGGUCGGGAGUCUCUAAGCAAACCCGCGCCAGGCUGGACACGUUCGCCCUGAGUCACCUGUCCAGAGCAGGUGGCGAGGGCAGCGUCUGACUCAGAGCAUCCCAGCCGGCGGCGGGGCCUGGGAUGGGACCUGCAGAGCGGCCUCUGGGCGAGGACGGAAGUCUAUUUCCCAUCCUCCGCCGGCUCUGACCCAGGCCGGGGCCCCAGGCUGUCCCGGGGAGAUGGUGCCUUCACCUCUGCCGGGGAGCCGGAGAGAAAACUGAGGGAGGUGGUUGCCCUGGGCACCACGUGCAGGGAGGUAGGUGGGCCCAGGGCGCGACAAAGCGGUGGCCAAGCCCAGCCCGGCCAGCGCCCGCCAGCCGAGGGCCGCGGGCCAGGAGAAAACGAAGGGCAGCUCCGCGGCCUCUCUGAGGAUGGACCCGCACGGCCGCGCUGGCAGGAGCAGGAAGUCCACGAAACUGCGGUCUGUCUCCCGCUCCCUGAUGCUCUGUCACGCGAAGACCAGCGACGACGGCUCGAGCCCCGACGAGAAGUACCCCGAUCCCUUUGAGAUGCCCCCGGGCCAGGGCAGGGAGCGGAUUUUCCACUCGCCGGUGCAGCUGGCAGACACAUCGGAGGCCGGGCCCGGCAGCCUUCCCGAUCUAACGCCGGCCUCGGAGGCGGCUCCGCUCCACGCCGCCGGGGGCGAUCGAGACAAGAACCGUAGGAGGAUGUUGUUCCUGAAGGAAGCUUCCACAACUGCUUCUCGAGAAAAGUCUGGGAGAGUAGAACCGCAAAGUAGUAACUGCCAGCUUCCCAAAGCCUGUCACCAAAGGACACGCAGCAACUCGACCAGCCUUAAUCCCUAUGGCACAGGGGAGAUCGACUUUCGCACGAUAAAGAGCUCUGAGGCCUGCACGGACAGGCAGCCUUAUCCCCUGUGUGGCAGCCGGAAGUCCCUCUCUCAGCAGCUGGACUGCCCAGCGGGAAAGUCUGCGGGCAGCUCGAGACCCACCCGGUCGCUCAGCACAGCUCAGCUGGCACAGCCCUCGGGGGGCCUCCAGGCUUCCGUCAUCUCCAACAUCGUGCUGAUGAAGGGCCAGGCCAAGGGCCUGGGCUUUAGCAUCGUCGGGGGAAGGGACAGCAUUUACGGCCCCAUCGGAAUUUACGUCAAAACCAUCUUUGCGGGGGGAGCGGCGGCAGCGGACGGACGGCUGCAAGAAGGGGAUGAAAUUCUGGAGCUCAACGGAGAAUCGAUGGCCGGACUAACACACCAGGACGCCCUGCGCAAGUUCAAGCAAGCCAAAAAGGGGCUCCUGACCCUCACCGUGAGAACGCGCCUGACGGCACCCCACUCGCCGAGCAGCCACCUGUCGCCCCCGCUGUGCCGCUCCCUGAGCUCCAGCACCUGUGCCACCAAGGACAGCGGGCCCUUCGGCUUGGGGAGCCCCGCCGCCCCCCCCAGCACGGCCAAGCCCAACUACAGAGUCAUGGUGGAGGUCUCUCUGCAGAAAGAGGCUGGCGUUGGUCUGGGCAUCGGCCUGUGCAGUGUGCCCUAUUUCCAGUGCAUCUCCGGCAUUUUCGUUCACACGCUCUCUCCGGGGUCUGUGGCACACUUGGAUGGACGGCUCUGGUGUGGGGACGAGAUCGUGGAAAUCAAUGACUCCCCUGUGCACUGCCUGACGCUCAAUGAAGUCUACGCGAUCCUGAGUCACUGCAGUCCUGGGCCCGUCCCCAUCAUCGUCAGCCGGCAUCCAGACCCACAGGUGUCUGAAAUGCAACUCAAAGAAGCUGUGGCCCAGGCCGUGGAGAAUGUCAAGUUUGGAAAGGAGAGGCAUCAGUGGAGCCUGGAAGGUGUCCCGAGGCUGGAGAGCAGCUGGCAUGGGCGGCCGACCUUGGAGAAGGAGAGAGAGAGGAACUCAGCAGCCCCUAAUCGCAGGGCUCAGAAGGUCAUGAUCCGUUCCAGCAGCGACAGCAGCUAUGUGUCCGGGUCCCCCGGGGGAAGCCCCGUCAGCGGCAGUGAGCAGCAGCCUUCCGACCUGGAAGUCCACACGCCCAGCCCGAGCCUGUCCCCAGUGCAGGAGCCGGGGACGCUUCCCGUGGCUCCGUCCCGGCCGCCCCAGGAGAGCCCGCCCCGCCCUGGGUUCCCGCACAGCCACCCACCGCUGAGACUGAAGAAAUCCUUCGAGAUUUUGGUGAGAAAACCCACGACUUCCAAGCCCAAGCCUCCGCCCAGAAAAUACUUUAAAAGUGACAGCGACCCUCAGAAGAGUCUGGAAGAGAGAGACAACUCCCCAUGCCCUUCUGGGCCCACUUUGCCGGCAUGUGGCCAGGAAGCCAGCGGGCUGCCGCCAGCGCCUCGGCCGCCAGGGCAGGAAGACACGGCGGGGAGAGCCUCCCGCGCCCUCGCCUGCUGCCCGGGGCCCGCGGCGGGCCCGUCCUCGGAGGCCGAGCCGGGGAGGAGAGGAGCCAGCCCAGGGGUCCCCACGUCCCCGGCGAAACACCCGCUCCUCAAGAGGCAGGCCCGAAUGGACUAUAGCCUCGACAUCGCGGCCGAAGAGCCCUGGGUGAGAAUUUCCGACUGCAUCAAGAACCUGUUCAGCCCCAUCAUGAGUGACGGCCAUGGUCACAGGCCGCUGCAGCCCGGUGCCAGUCUGGGCGAAGAAGACAGGGUGCAGGGCCGCCCGGACGGGACCCCGCCGGAGCUGGGCGCCACCGGGGCUGCCCCCAAGGUCUGCAAGUCGGUGGACAGCGGCACCGUGAAGAAGGGUCCUCCCGUGGCCCCCAAGCCGGCCUGGUUCCGCCACAGCUUGAAAAGUCUGAGGACGCGUGCUGCAGACCCGAGGCGGCCGCCCGACCCGGCCUCCCCCGCCCCGCCGGCACCCGCCUCCAGGGAGCGCCCCCCGGGGCCGCCCGCGCGGGCCUUCUCCUCCAUCAGGCAGAGAAUCAGCUCUUUUGAGACCUUCGGCUCCUGUCAGCUGCCCGGCAGAGGAGCCCAGGGAGCGAGCCUCGAGGCCUCCGUCGGGGAGGCAGCACGGCCCCCGGGGGAGCGAGAGGGAGGUCGGCUUUCUGGCCUCUCGGGGCGAGGGGCCGCCCCCACCUCCGAGCAGCAGCAGCAGCAACCAGAGAGGCAGCAGGUGGCACAGGGCCCCCCCACCCACCCCGAGCCCGGGGACCCGGGCGCGUCGGCGUCCCCUCUCCCGGGACGGCCGUCCAGCCAGAAAGCCCCCCUCCCUGACCCCGACCCUCUCCUGAGGCUGCUGUCGACACACGCGGAGGAACCUCGAGGCCCGGUGGUCAAGGUGCCCGGCCAGUGGGCACGAAGCUUCCCGCUGUCCAGGACCCAGUCCUGCGAGGUGAAGCUGCCGGGCGAGAAGACCAGUCAGCUCUACUCCAUCAGUAGCCGGGUGUCGUCGGCUGUCAUGAAGUCCUUGCUGUGCCUCCCGUCCUCCGUCUCCUGGGGCCAGGCUGCCUGCGCCCCCAGGGACGGGGGCUGUCCCGCGUCCUCGGCCAGCGACGCCCCGGCCGCGAGCAGUGCCGCGGAACCGCCUGCCUCGGACACGGGGUUCUCCCUCAACCUUUCAGAGCUGAGAGAGUACACGGAGGGGCUCGGGGAGCCCACGGAAGCCGACAGCCGGGACCACUGCUCCCCUCAGUCUGGCCAAUCGGUUAUCUCCCUGCUGAGCGCCGAGGAAUUAAAGAAGCUCAUCGAGGAAGUGAAGGUUCUGGAUGAAGCGACCUUAAAGCAGUUGGACAGCAUCCACGUCACCGUGUUGCACAAAGAGGAAGGGGCCGGCCUUGGGUUCAGCCUGGCGGGAGGAGCGGAUCUAGAAAACAAGGUGAUCACGGUGCACAGAGUGUUCCCCAACGGGCUGGCCUCCCAGGAAGGAACUAUUCAGAAGGGCAACGAGGUUCUCUCCAUCAACGGCAAGUCCCUCAAAGGGGCCACGCACAACGACGCCCUGGCCAUCCUCCGCCAAGCUCGGGACCCCAGGCAAGCUGUGAUUGUGACACGGAAGCCGGCUCUGGAGGCCGCGCCCGACCUGAACUCAUCUACAGAUUCUACAAACUCGGCUUCUGUGGCCAGCGACGUUUCUGGGGAUUCCGCGGAGGCCACGGUGCACACGGUGACGCUGGAGAAGACGUCCGCGGGGCUGGGCUUCAGCCUGGAAGGCGGCAAGGGCUCCCUGCUCGGGGACAAGCCUCUCACCGUGAACAGGAUUUUCAAAGGGGCAGCCUCGGAACAGAGCGAGACGAUCCAGCCGGGAGAUGAAAUCUUACACUUGGCCGGCACUGCCGUGCAGGGGCUCACGCGGUUUGAAGCCUGGAACAUUAUCAAGACGUUGCCUGACGGCCCCGUCACGAUCGUCAUCCGGAGGAGAAGCGCCCAGUCCUCGGGGACCACAGCGGCUGGGGACCCCUAGGCAGGCCAGCGCCGACACCAAAGCCGGGGACAGACAGCUCCUCACAACUGCUAAUUCUCAGGGUCACUGCUCACCCCUGCCUGGAGGGGGGAGGCAGCAGAGUCACGCUUCCUGGUCGCUGCUGCCCUGGUCCAGACCUUCUGGGACACGCCCAGCCAGGGGAAGGGCCCGGUCACGCCGGGGAGGCCGACACUGCCUACAGACUAUGUCCAGAGAGCGUAACGGUAAUACUGUGGUGCUAUAAAUAAAAUGGACGCGUUACAGUUUGAUA